AUGACCUCUCCACGCCCCUCCCCGACCAUCUCUAGGUCUCUUUCAGUUUCAACAGAGCGCCGCAAUUCUCGAAGGCUAUCUGCUCGCUCUAUUCCCUCCCCGAUCCCACAAAAUGCUUUCGAUAACCAAGAAGCUCCCGCCAUCCCAGAAGAGAUCAAUGAGAUCAAGCGAUAUGAAGAUUUUACCACCAUAGACUGGGUUCAAGAUGCAGUAUAUGAACAGUCGCGGCGGCGCGCGAAACGGCGCAGUGGCACUAGGUUUUGGGAUCAAGAAGGCAUCCUUGGCUGGAGGCGCAAAGUGUACGAAUCCUACGAUGCAGGCCAGGCAUGGCUUGUCGUUACACUCGUGGGUUUGGCAAUUGGGUUAAACUCAGCUGUGCUCAACAUUAUUACCGAAUGGCUCUCUGAUAUUAAGUUGGGACAUUGUACUACUGCAUUUUACCUCAACGAGUCCUUUUGCUGCUGGGGUUCUGAGAAUGGCUGCCCAGAGUGGAAACCUUGGACAUCAUUCUGGGUGUUGAAUUAUGUUUUCUAUUUCUUUGGCGCGCUGUUGCUUUCGUCUAUCGCGGCAGUCCUAGUCAAGUCAUUUGCACCGUAUGCCGCGGGCUCUGGCAUCUCAGAGAUCAAAUGCAUUAUUGCUGGCUUCGUCAUGAAGGGGUUUCUAGGCGCCUGGACUCUUCUCAUCAAAUCAAUUGCCUUACCACUAGCAAUUGCGUCGGGUCUCUCUGUUGGAAAGGAGGGGCCUAGUGUGCAUUUUGCUGUGUGUACCGGAAAUGUGAUCUCGCGCUUCUUUGGUAAAUACAAACGGAAUGCCUCGAAAACGAGGGAAAUCCUGACUGCCUCGGCGGCAGCUGGUGUGGCUGUUGCUUUUGGAAGUCCAAUUGGAGGCGUGCUGUUCUCUCUGGAAGAAAUGGCAAAUUAUUUCCCUCUCAAGACUCUUUGGCGCAGCUACUUUUGUGCAUUGGUCGCCACUAGCGUGCUGGCAGCUGUCAAUCCAUUCAGAACCGGCCAAUUGGUCAUGUUCCAAGUGGAGUAUGAUCGCACAUGGCAUUUCUUCGAGUUCCUUUUCUUUAUUUUCCUUGGUAUUUUCGGUGGUCUCUACGGCGCAUUCGUAAUGAAAUGGAAUCUUCGGAUGGCCGGGUUCCGCAAGAAGUAUCUAUCACAGUGGCCUAUAACCGAGUCCGUUGUUCUCGCUGGACUUACUGCAGUACUGUGCUAUCCCAACAUGUUUCUGAAAAUCAACAUGACUGCAAUGAUGGAAAUUUUAUUCCGCGAAUGCGAGGGUGGCCAUGACUACGCUGGACUAUGCGAAUCUAAGAACCGAUGGUCAAUGGUUUUCUCACUAGCUAUUGCAACCAUCCUACGCACUGGCUUGGUGAUUAUCUCUUACGGUUGCAAGGUGCCAGCCGGUAUUUUCGUACCCUCGAUGGCCGUCGGGGCUUCAUUUGGCCGCAUGGUUGGGAUCAUGGUGCAGGCAUUAUAUGAAACAUUCCCCAACUCUGCAUUUUUCGCCUCUUGUGAUCCCGAUGUCCCUUGUAUCACACCGGGAACAUAUGCGUUUCUAGGAGCUGGCGCAGCUCUCAGUGGAAUUAUGCAUCUGACUAUCUCUGUGACGGUCAUAAUGUUCGAGCUGACUGGUGCACUGACCUAUAUUUUGCCCACUAUGAUUGUGGUUGGCAUCACAAAAGCCGUUGGCGAUCGAUUCGGUAGUGGCGGUAUUGCCGACCGAAUGAUCUGGUUCAAUGGAUUCCCUUUCCUCGACAAUAAGGAGGAUCACGUCUUCAAUGUGCCUGUAUCCCAUGCAAUGACCACAGGCCCACUCUCGCUGCCAGCAUCGGACUUCCCCGUGCGCGAAGCAGAGCACCUUCUGAAUGACAACAGAUUCCAAGGCUUCCCUGUCGUGGAGGACCGCACUUCAAAGGUAUUGGUCGGCUAUAUCGGACGAACAGAGCUCCGAUACGCUAUCGACCGUGCCCGCAACGAAGGCAUGGUCGCCCCGAACGCCCGGUGUGUCUUCACCAAGGAGGCCGCUAACGCCGCCAUCGCGCGGAGGGCGUCCGUUUCGCAUGGUUCACGAUCAUCGGAUACAUUUGAUGCAAUUGAAAGCAGCGCAGGAGCAGCUUUUGUUGAUUUCUCGCGGUAUGUAGAUCACACACCGCUGACCGUCCACCCACGGCAUCCGCUCGAAACCGUCAUGGAGAUUUUCAAGAAGAUGGGGCCUCGAGUCAUUCUCGUCGAACAUCGUGGCAAACUCACUGGCCUAGUAACUGUUAAGGAUUGUUUGAAGUACCAGUUCAAGGUUGAAGCCGAGGAACAUACACUGGCAGCAGCGAGUUCGUCUGAAUUAGCUGCGCUUGGCGGUCACUUGAACGGCACACCACCUGAAACGCUAGAAGACCGCCUGUGGCGACUCAUUCAAAACGUGGCUGGGUUUGUGUCUGGUAAGAUCUCUCGCCGGCCGGUCCGGCUGCGUGAUCGCAAUGCAUCCAGGCAAUCAGAACGGUCGGAUGUUUUGAAUGGCACGGAGGAUGACGCCGUGGUUGAACUGGAGGAUAGAGACGAUCGACCUAUGAUUCCAUGA